UCGGAUAUGCUAUAAGUUGUGUUUGACCAACCACGCGAUUCUUGACGUCUUAUCGAAGUACAUAAAUUGUAGCACCUAUUGGAUCAUAAUUUGAUUGUUCAUCUUCUUCGAUUCAACUUAAAACCCUAGAAAUAUUACCUCCCAAGAUAUUCACUGUCAUAUGAUGGGGGGAAGUUCAAUCGAUGAUGAUUGGGAGUUUGCUGCUCCUUUGAAUGGACUUAGAACUCUUGUUUUGGUUGGAAGGACAGGUAAUGGUAAAAGUGCAACUGGGAAUAGUAUCCUUGGAACGAAGGAAUUCCUAUCAAAGGCUAGCUCAGCUGGUGUAACUAGUACUUCAGAGCUGAGAACAACUGUGCUGAAAGAUGGCCAGAUGCUUAAUGUGAUAGAUACUCCAGGAUUGUUUGAUUCUUCCGUUGAUACUGAAUUCAUUGGGAAGGAGAUUGUUAAAUGCAUCAAUAUGGCCAGGGAGGGUAUACAUGCUGUUCUUGUUGUCCUCUCAGUCCGAAAUCGGUUUUCAAAAGAAGAAGAAUCUGCAAUAAGUAGCUUGAGGGUUUUGUUUGGGAACAAAAUUAAUGAUUAUAUGAUAGUGGUUUUUACUGGUGGGGAUGAACUUGAAGAGAAUGAGCAGACUUUGGAAGAUUUCUUAGGAGACUGUCCUGUGCCCUUAAAGGAAACCCUUAGCAUGUGUGGGGAUAGAUGUGUCAUUUUUGAUAAUAGGACAAAAGAUCAAAGGAAGAAAGAAAAUCAAGUGCAUGAGCUCCUCUCUCUUGUCAACAUGGUAUUAACAAAGAACAAUGGCAAGCCAUAUACUGAUGAGAUUUUUAGUGAAUUGAAGAGAGGGACUAUGAAGCUUCAUGAACAAACAGAACAAGUUCAAGCUCUGCAGGGGUAUAGCAAACAGGAGAUAUCCUAUCUGACAGAGAAGAUGAAUAGAUCAUAUGAAGAGCAGCUUAAGCGAAUCACUGAAAUGGUGGAGUCGAGGCUCAAGGAAACAACUUCAAGACUUGAAAAACAAUUGGCGGAAGAGCAGAUUGCACGGUUGAAGUCUGAAGAGAUGGCCCAGGCUGCUCAAAAGCAGUCGAACGAUGAGAUCCGUCAGCUGAGAGAGAAUCUAGAGAGAGCCCAGAGGGAGACAGAGGAGCUCCGAAAGAGAGCGGAAAGUGGUAAGUGUGCUAUUUUGUGAUUCUUUUCUCCGCUCCGCAAACAAACAUGUAUUAUAUUUUUCUUCACAACUGCGGGAUAACCACAACGUCCUUUCAUCGAUAUGUUCUUAUGCACUUGGAUUUGCUUUAAGGUUGUAUAUAUGAUCUAAUUCUACAAUCUACCUGUGGAAUUUUCUUGGU